CGGACCUUACUGCGGCUGCUGUCACUCGCGCCCUCUCUCUGCAUCCGCCCCCAUCGCCCCGAGACGCGGCUCUGCGCCUUUCUUCCCCUGACCUGCGGCCCCUCCACUCGCACCCGGACCCAGCCCCGAGGGUCUCGCCCGGGGCGCCCGGCCCGGCCCGGCCCUGGCCCCGAGGAUGUUCCGCCGCGACCGCGCCAUCCCGCUCCGAGGCUCGGCGGCCGCGCUGUGCAACAACCUGAGCGUGCUGCAGCAGCCGGGCCGCAACCUCACGCACCUCGCCGUGGUGCACGGGCCCUGCGCCCAGCUUCUCAGCGUCGUGAGCGACGGGGUGCCCCUGGCCCAGCGCCAGCUCCACGCCAAAGAGAGGGCCGGGGGGAGCCCCCCGCUCAUCACGCAGGUCCACUGGUGCGUCCUCCCCUUCCGAGUCCUGCUGGUUCUCACUUCGCACCGAGGAAUACAGAUGUAUGAGUCUGACGGCUCCGUCAUGGUCUUUUGGCACGCGCUGCACCCAGAAGACAACACCCCAGGACAGGCUGUGUUUGCCCGUGGAAUUGCUGCCAGUGGCUGCUUCAUCUGUGUGGGAACAUGGUCGGGCAGGGUGCUGGUGUUUGACAUCCCGGCCAAGGGCCCCCACAUUGUCCUGAGCGAAGAGCUGGAUGGACACCAGACUCCAGUCACAGACAUCGCCUCUGAGCCUGCUGAAGGACAGGACUGCGUGGCCAACGUGGUGACAGCGGAUGACUCGGGCUUGCUGUGUGUCUGGAGGUCCGGGCAUGAAUUCAAAUUACUGGCCCGAAUUCCAGGAUUCGGGGUGCCAUGCCCGUCGGUGCAGCUGUGGCAGGGCAUCAUCGCGGCCGGCUACGGCAAUGGGCAGCUGCGCCUGUACGAAGCCAGCACCGGAACUCUGCGGGCCCAGAUCAGUGCACAUGCUCGCGCUGUAUGCGCUCUGGACCUGGCUCCAGAGACAGGCAAGCUGCUGUCUGCAGCCGAGGACACAUUUGUGCACCUGUGGCAGCUCAGCAGGAGCCCCGAGGACGGCGCUAUUGAGGUGCAGCACUGCCACGGGGAGUGCAUCCCUGACACUCAGCUGUGUGGUGUUCGUUUCUGCGACCCCUCUGGCAGCUCCUUCGCUGUCACUGGCUAUGACGUCACGGAAAUCCUGAGAUUCCACGAAGCCUGAGUAGAGCCCCCAGUCCCUGUGCUAUUUAUAAAGGUUCCCCGACCCCCA